AUGCGGAAAGAUGGCCGGCUCGUGAACCUGAGCGUCUCUGCGGUCACCCUGGUCCCCCUCCGCGCCUACCCCGAUCUCCUCCGCGCCUGGGCGCAUCGCUGGGCGAGUGGGACCGCGGCGCUUCGUGGGUGGAGCCGCAGUGCUCCGUGGGUGGAGCGGGCGGCCGGGGCGGCGCUGAAGGAGCCGGGAACGCGCGCGCCGAGCCUCCGGGGAAGGCGGGAGGGCGCGUGGGGCGCGAGGGGCGCGGGACAGCAUGAGUCAGCAGCGGACGGCGCGGAGACUGCCCAGCCUGCUGGUGGAUCCGGCACAGGAAACCGUGCGCCGCCGCUGCCGGGACCCCAUCAACGUGGAGAACUUACUGCCAUCAAAAAUCAGGAUUAAUCUAGAAGAAAAUGUACAGUAUGUGUCCAUGAGAAAAGCUCUGAAAGUGAAGAGGCCCCGGUUUGAUGUGUCGCUGGUAUACUUAACUCGGAAGUUUAUGGAUCUUGUCAGAUCUGCCCCUGGGGGCAUUCUUGACUUAAACAAGGUUGCCACAAAACUGGGUGUCCGGAAGAGGCGAGUAUAUGACAUCACCAAUGUCUUGGAUGGCAUCGAACUGGUGGAAAAGAAAUCUAAGAACCACAUUCGGUGGAUAGGAUCUGACCUCAACAACUUUGGGGCCGCACCCCAGCAGAAGAAGCUGCAGGCAGAGCUCUCCGACCUGUCAGCCAUGGAAGACGCCUUGGAUGAGUUGAUUAAAGACUGUGCUCAGCAGCUGCUGGAGUUAACAGACGACAAAGAGAAUGAAAGACUAGCGUACGUAACCUAUCAGGAUAUUCACGGCAUUCAAGCUUUCCACGAACAGAUUGUCAUUGCAGUGAAGGCUCCAGAGGAAACCAGACUGGAUGUUCCGGCUCCCAGAGAAGAUUCUAUCACAGUACAUAUCAGGAGCACCAAAGGACCCAUUGAUGUAUAUUUGUGUGAAGUAGAACAGAACCACUCAAAUGGUAAAACAACUGAUGGAAUGGGGGCCUCUCCAUCCAAAAGCAAACAUCCACAAUGCCCAGAGAAAGAAGACAAGCCUCCUCAGUGAGUGAAGAACUUCUCAGAGUGAGUGGCUGAUAGCAGUGCAGAGUGACAAAGGUCUUUGAAGCGUCCCUCGUGGGCAAAUCAUGUGCCCCAUCCCGCGUGGGCGAAUCCUGUGUCCCAUCCCGCGUGGGCGAAUCAUGUGUCCGUUUGAUUCUCAGCAGUAAGUCUCCUCAGAGUGCUCCUGUGCUCUUAUUCUAGACUGGUAGCAGCACUGAAGGCCAGCCGUGUUCUCCCGAGUAGCCUCCGUCGUAGGUUCCUGGAUGGGUUCCCCAUUCAGAAUCAGCUCUUUCGAUAAUUCUUCACUGCCUUUUGUCAGUGAAACAAACCUCUUGCCUCCUGAAAUCAUUUCAUCACAAAGACAGCUGGCCAGCUGGUCGUGGACUGUGCCCUGCCCUGAUGGAUAGCGUUUGCUUCACAGAAGAGUUGCCUUACACUGGUUCACAUUUGCAGUUAGGUGUUGUGCACUGGUGAGGUGUACACACGGGGCCAAAUGUGGCACCUUUGUAUAUAUCUGUAUCAUGUUUAGAUUGCUUAUGAAAUAUGUCUGAGUGACAUAUAUGCCCUAGGACACCCAAAAUAAUGUAUGUAGGGGAAAUGGCAGACAGAUCUCUAGUUCCUCAGCCCCUGUAACUUAUUAGAACCCUCUGGAAGGGGGCGAGAGGAGUUUUCUAAAGUUUUACAUGUAGAAGUUUCACAGAUGCCUGUACAUUUAGGUUCAUAUACUUAAAGUAUUUUAAUACGGUCCCCAGUGCUACAGUUAGAGCCACAUACUUCUUGAUUUUAAGCUGCCUACAGAGUCAUGUCCCAGUAGAUUGGUGGCAUGCCUCAAAGCAUUGGGGGCAAGUAGGGAAUUCCGUCUGGCAACAGAUCAGUUCACUACAAUGUGAAUUUGGUCCUGGUGAGAUUAAAAGCAUUAUUACGCUUUUUGUGAGCAGAUUUUAUACUGUGUUUCUGUGGUCAGCCUCACUCCUCAGUCAGGGCCUUACCUCCCGUGCAUUGUACCCCUCUCCUGCUUCCAUCCCGCCUUCCCAGUCACCUAGCGCUCUCUACCUCAGUGGGUAAGUCAUUUACCUCUCUGUGCCUCAAUUGACUCAGUAAUUUACCAUUAUACUGUGAGCUCCGCGAGAGACGUGUUCACAGUCGCUCCCAGCGCCUUGUACCACCACGCCUAGUCCAAAACAAGUGCCCAGUGAAUGUCUAGCAAACUCGUGAGUGGGCGAGUGCAACGUGGGGCUGAUGGAACCUGGCUUGUAGUUGUACAGGAGUCUGGGAAGCUUCAUUAGUCUGUUAAACCUCUCUUGCUUUACACAAGAUUCGAAGCAGCUUGAAAUAACAAUCAUGUAUACAAAGUAGGGAUCCAAAAUAAAGUAUUAAAAAAAAA